GCAGUUUUUACCGAAACGGCCCAGGAAAAUACGAAGUCGGGGACACAAAAUAUAACCACCUGUUCGACGGGCUGGCUCUCCUGCACAAGUACUCCAUUCGUGACGGAAAUGUUACCUACCAGAAUAAGUUUCUGAAGAGCGACACCUACAAAAGGAACAUGGAGGCCAAUAGGAUUGUCGUGGCGGGGUUAGGCACGGUUGCCCAUCCUGACCCGUGCAAGACGUUGUUUCAGAGGUUUUUGUCAUAUUUUACAUUCAACGAUGACGUGGUAAACGACAAUUGCAACGUUAACAUUUACCCGGUGGGGGACCAGCUGUUUGCUUGUACGGAAACUCACUGGUUGUGGAGAAUCGACCCGGAGACACUGGAGACUCCUGGGAGGGUCAAUAUUUCCCAAAUCGUGGCCACCAACAACGCCACUGCCCACCCGCACUACGACAGAGACGGCAGUGUGUACAAUAUAGGAACCUGCUUCAGGGGAAGACCAAAGUUAACGGUGGUUCGAUGGAAGCCAGACCCUCAAGGGAAGACGCAUCAGAUCCAGAAUGCAGAGUUGGUGGCAAUCAUAGAAAACCCGUACUACGUAUCCUAUACUUAUUGCCACAGCUUCGGCCUUACGGAGAAUUACAUCGUGGUCAUAGAGCAACCGCUGUUCAUUAACAUUCUCUCCAUACUGACCUCUAAGAUACGGGGCGUGCCCUUCUCUGAUUGUUUUUAUUGGGACAAGAAUUGCAAGACUGUGUUCCACAUCAUCAACAAGAAGACGGGAGAGACAAUUAACCCUGGUUACCACUAUGUUGGGGACCCACUUCUGGUCUUCCACCACAUCAACGCUUAUGAGGACAACGGUCACGUGGUUCUUGACAUAUGUUCAGGGGAAGAUGGUUCCGUUUUUCGAACCAUAACACGAGAUAAUAUCGACAAACAAAGAUUUGGUGGGACUUCGGCAGUUCGACCAAGGCGCUUUGUGCUUCCUCUGAAUAUCAGUCAAGACGUGGUUGGCGGUAACCUAGUUACGCUUUCUGGUACAACAUCCACAGCCACCUUGUUGUCUAGCAACGAGAUAUAUUGCAAGGAAGAAUUUCUUGGAGACUUGUGCUCAGAAUUCCCUACAGUGAACUAUGACCAAAUGAAUGGUGUGAAGUACCGGUACAUGUACAGUGUAACUUUCAGCGACACUGGGGAGUUUGGUCAUGGGUUGGUAAAGACAGAUGUUCAAGCAAAGACCACCCAGGAGUGGACAGAGGAAGGCUGCUGCUUUACAGAACCCUGGUUUGUGCCUUCGCCAAAUAGUGACGGAGAAGAUGAUGGUGUUAUUUUAUCGGCCGUCCACAAUGCCCAGAUGAAAACAUACCUGCUUGUCUUGGACGCCAAAACCUUCACUGAGCUGGGACGAGCAGAGUUUGAUGUGGCGCCACCUACAGGUUUUCAUGGACGUUUUCUUGACAGUGACAUGAUUCGUGGUUUGGAAAAAGAGUGAAAUGAACAAUAGUGGCCAUCGCGGCAAUUUUGUUAAAGUAAUUUGGACUUGAUGAAAGGCUUCAAAAAGAACAAAUUUAGUAAAAAGAAAACUGAGCUGAUUAUGAAAUUCAAAGUGAAGUUUUAGGGAAAAGAGCUAGAAGAAAAUAUUAAAAAAAAAAGAAACCCAAUUGGAACUUUCCAGGAAUGCUUAUCUACAAACCCUUUUUUAUAUUAAAUAAUGUUAAUUACAUGUUGGUAGGAUCGAAUAUAAUGGGCUUUGCUUAAAUGGACCACUGCUCGAUUCCUUGUAGUGAAGAGAGGAAUUUUUUCAAAAUUUCCCUUACUACUUUAAGGCUCUAAUAGAAAACUGACCUCUUUAUAUUUUCGAGACACACUGUAUACACAAACAAAGUAAAAUCAUCUAAAUGAUAGCAAUCAGUUAAAACAGCAAACAGAUAGUAUGGGACCCUGGUUUUUGAAUUUACGUUCAAAAGUAUUUUGGCAUACUGCCGUCGGCUAUGAGGGAGACAAAAACACUUUUAUAUUGAAACGUCAUUGUUCUCUCAUAUUUUAAAAUAUUUAAUUUUAUUUCAUGUACUAUAUGUUUCUUUUAACUUUUUUUAUAACAUAAAGCAUUUAAGUGAUUUUUCAUAGUACCAUUUAUUCCAGUUAUGGUUAUUUUGAAAUGUACAUUUUGCAACGUUCCAUUUUCGCAACGAAGAAAAAAAUAACAAAUAUGUUUCGGAAAAGUAAAAAUGACCAAAUACUUGCAAAUAUAAUUAUAAUUACUUGGUUGGAAUCUUUUGAUCUCAUAUUAAACUAGAAAAAAAUCAAUAGUAGGUCAGUUGAAGUUGUCGUAAUUGUUUGCUUAUUCUUAUUCUGUUACAGUUUUUUUCUAUUCAUAAUACUAAGUGUCUGCAAGUUGUACUUUUUGAUAAAUUAAAUGCACUCAUAAAAAUGUUUUUCUAUUAUUUGAAUAUUUAUAAAAAAAUCAGAAGCAAACCCAGCGAUGUGUUACUUAGCAACAAAAUUGAAUAAACUAUUUGAAGUGGAAAGUGGAAUAUCAGUACGUGUUCUAGUCCCUAUAUAGCGUUUUGUAUCGUAUUGUUAUGUGUGAAUAAACCCAUAAUAAAAUUCAUUGUGUGUUGU